AUGUCUGUGUCUGGAAAAAAGGAGUUUGACGUGAAGCAGAUCCUCAGGCUCCGCUGGCGCUGGUUCAGCCACAGCACUCAGACCUCCGCUGGGAAUGGGGGCUACAUCCAACAGGAAGGUUUCGACCACCGGGGAACACCGGUCCGGCUGAAGAGUCACUCCCGGGACAGAGGAGGAUUCCGCAAGAGCAACAGCCCUGUGCACAGCAUUCUGGCACCGAACCCUGGACCCAUGCCUGUUUAUGUCAGGGCAGGCGAUCAAUCAUGGCACCAGCAAAACAUCAUCCAGCACCUCCAAGCUAGCGAGGAGCAGCUUCCCAAGAACAACUCACCUUGCAGUGCCAGGAAAGAGGAGGCGAAGAGCAGCCAUGAGGAUGUGAAGAGCAAUCCGGAGGAACCCUGUGAGGAGGAAGCCAUAGACAGGUUGGCUUUGAGCAGUUUCUCUAGGAUGAGCUCCAACUGCUCCGAUGAGUUUUUCCAGGCCACAAACCAUGCGGAACAGACCUUUCGAAAGAUGGAGACCUAUCUUCAGCACAAGCAGCUGUGUGAUGUACUUUUGAUAGCUGGAGACCACAAGAUCCCUGCACACAGACUUGUCCUGAGCGCAGUUUCAGACUACUUUGCUGCCAUGUUCACCAAUGACGUCAGGGAGGCAAAACAAGAGGAAAUUAAAAUGGAGGGUGUAGAUCCUGAGGCGUUGCGAGCACUGGUUCAUUUUGCAUAUACUGGAGUCCUGGAGCUAAAAGAGGACACAAUUGAAAGUCUGUUAGCUGCUGCUUGUCUCCUCCAGCUCUCACAAGUUAUUCAGGUCUGCUGUAACUUUCUGAUGAAACAACUGCACCCUUCCAACUGCCUGGGGAUCCGUUCGUUUGCUGACGCUCAGGGAUGCAUGGAUCUUUUGAACGUGGCUCACAACUACACUGUGGAAAACUUUCUAGAGGUCAUUCAGAAUCAGGAGUUCCUCUUGCUGCCCACAACGGAAAUUGUCAAGCUUUUGGCCAGCGAUGACAUCAACGUUCCAGAUGAAGAAACGAUUUUCCAAGCCCUGAUGAUGUGGGUUCGCUAUGAUGUGCAGCACCGACAACGGGAUCUGGGAGUGUUGCUGGCAUAUAUUCGACUUCCCCUUUUACCACCACAGCUUCUUGCUGAUCUGGAAAACAAUAAGAUGUUUUCAGAAGACCUGGAAUGCCAGAAGCUCCUGAUGGAAGCCAUGAAGUACCAUCUUUUGCCAGAACGCCGUCCCAUGCUACAGAGCCCAAGAACCAAACCACGGAAAUCCACUGUUGGAUCGCUCUAUGCUGUUGGAGGCAUGGACGCCUCUAAAGGGUCUACGACGAUAGAGAAAUAUGACCUUCGCACAAACCGAUGGAUCCAAGUUGGCAUCAUGAAUGGGCGAAGACUUCAGUUCGGGGUUUCAGUGAUUGAUAACAAACUCUACGUGGUUGGAGGAAGGGAUGGACUCAAGACCUCUAACAUGGUGGAGUGCUACAACCCAAUCACUAAAGUGUGGUCCACCAUGCCACCAAUGUCAACCCACAGACAUGGAUUAGGAAUUGCUGUGCUGGAGGGGCCUAUGUAUGCAGUGGGAGGCCAUGACGGAUGGAGCUAUUUGAACACAGUAGAAAGGUGGGACCCCCAGGCGAGGCAGUGGAAUUAUGUGGCCAGUAUGUCCACACCACGCAGCACAGUCGGGGUCACUGCUCUCAAUGGAAAGUUGUUUGCUGUCGGUGGUCGUGAUGGAAGCUCCUGUCUGCGAUCGAUGGAAUGUUUUGAUCCCCACACUAAUAAAUGGAGUAUGUGUGCACCCAUGUCAAAGAGGAGAGGCGGAGUGGGCGUGGCCACAUAUAACAGUUUCUUGUAUGCUGUCGGAGGACACGAUGCACCAGCUUCAAACCACUGUUCACGUCUCUCUGAUUGUGUGGAGAGGUAUGACCCAAAAACAGACACAUGGACCACAGUGUCAUCUCUGAGUGUACCCCGGGAUGCAGUGGGGGUGUGUCUGCUGGGAGACAGGUUAUAUGCGGUCGGAGGAUAUGACGGUCAGACCUACUUAAACAGCGUCGAGUCCUAUGAUGCACCAAACAAUGAAUGGACUGAGGAGGUCCCUUUAAACAUCGGGAGGGCAGGGGCAUGUGUGGUGGUUGUGAAACUGCCUUGAAGGCUCAGAAUCUGAACUGUGGCCUCAAGAGGAGGACUGCGAUGGAAACACUUGGAAUGCUCUUUUCACGUAGUACACAACGUUCAUGAAAGCUAUCGUCAACACUGGAUUCAUCUCAACAGAUUUAGACAGCUAUGUGCCGUUCAGUCUGUUUUUGCUCAGAUAUUUUAGCACUAAUACAGACUGAAAUUAAAGGGGUUGUGGGGGUGGGUGGGUAUUAUUGUAAGAUUUUACUUAAUUAUAUGAUACAUUUUAUAGUAAAGGAAUACUUUUUAAAAUGCAUCCAGAAAGACUUUGAGUUACGAUUUUUCAUUUUAAUUGUACAUCUUCUUAACCUCAUCACAUUUUUGACAUUUUAUCUUUUAACUAUAAAACUACAUCUGAUUUUCAAAGACAGCAGCAUACUUGUUUACCUGUGCAAUUUUGUGGAAAAUGUAUUUUUGGAAUCUUAGAUAAAUGAUUUUAAAAGACCACUGUGAAUACUUCCAGCUCUGCUUACAACAAACUAAUUUUGGUAUACCCAAAAUGUUUGUGGACACAUACUCAUGCAGUUCUCAUCUAAAUACAUUUUUUGGUCUGAGACUAGGUUCAGCACGAAACUAUAUUAAAGGGAUAGUUCACCCAAAAAAGAAAAUGUGAUGUUUAUCUGCUUACCCCCAG